GGCCCAGGAAGGCGCGCACGCAGAGUGAAGGUCGGGCUGCAGGCCCGCGAUUGUUUUCCCAGCUCACAGGUGACAAUCUUCCACGGGUCACCUGUGCUCUCCGGGAUUCCCUGGCGGGCGACACUGCCCUUCGUGGGCGGCCUCACCUGCACGUGGCGGGGCCGCCGCUCCGACCACACCUGGCGGAAGUGGCGGCGCCUCCUUCCGGCCGUCCUUCCGGGUCGGCCGCCCGCCAACUUCCGGCGGGCAGGUGGGCGCGCGUUGCCUAACGACCUUGUGAGCCUACGCUCGGCGGGUGGCGGCGGCGUGUGGAUGGAGGCGUCGACCCCAGGCCGGGCGCGGCGGGGCCGGGCCGCGGGCGCCGCGCUCUCCCGGGCCGCGGUCGUCCUCCUGCUUUCCGCCUUCGUGGGGCCGGCGUCCCCGUCAGCUGGAUAUUUUAUUCGAUUACCAAGAGGUUUUCGCCUGACCCAAGAUUCGCUGAAAAUAGUGGGGUCAUCAGAUUAUCCAGUGAAAGUAUAUGUUCUGCUCCAUCAAAAGAGUCCGCAUGUGUUAUGUGUAACCCAGCGGCUGCGAAAUUCAGAACUGAUAGACCCGUCAUUCCAAUGGUAUGGGCCAAAAGGAAAAAUCAUUUCAGUAAAUAGCACCACACAAGUAACAUCCACAGGCAGCCUCGUGUUUCAGAACUUUGAGGAGAGCAUGACUGGUGUUUACACCUGUUUCCUCGAGUACAAACCUACUGUGGACGAAGGUGCUGCAAACCUGCAACUGAAAUAUGUUAUGUAUGCUUAUCGUGAGCCUCGUUUUUAUUACCAGUUCACAGCUCGGUACCACGCAGCCCCCUGCAAUAGUAUCUAUAAUAUUUCUUUUGAGAAGAAACUUCUUCAGAUUUUAAGCAAAUUGGUUCUUGACCUUUCAUGUGAAGUUUCUUUACUGAAGUCUGAAUGCCAUCAUGUUAAAAUGCAAAAAGCUGGUUUGCAAAAUGAGUUGUUCUUUACAUUUUCAGUUUUAUCUUUAGACACUGAAAAAGUACCCAAGCCAUGUAUAGACCAUAGCUGUGAACCUUCCAGAAGGCUUUUGAAGGCUAAAAAUCUCAUAGAGAGAUUUUUUAAUCAGCAAGUAGAAGUCCUAGGCAGACGUGCGGAGCCACUGCCUGAAAUAUACUAUAUUGAAGGGACUCUCCAAAUGGUGUGGAUCAACCGCUGCUUUCCAGGGUAUGGAAUCAAUACCCUGAAGCAUCCAAAAUGCCCCGAGUGCUGUGUGAUCUGCAGCCCUGGCUCCUAUAAUCCCCGCGACGGGACACACUGCCUUCAGUGCAACAGCAGCCUGGCCUACGGGGCAAAGGCGUGCGGGUAGGCCGUCGCUGGCUCCUCGGUGGUUUACUAAACACGG